AUGCCUCCACCAAAGGGUGUUCAUAACCCGUUGGCUGGACCUGGAGACGACUACACCAAGACCCUGCACAGCGAUACUUAUGAGGCAAUCGACAGUAGCAAAGCCAACCUCCGUGGCAAAAACGUCUUCAUUUGCGGUGCCUCUAAAGGAAUUGGCAGAUCCAUUACCCUCUCCUUCGCCAAAGCGGGCGCUUCCUGCAUUGCCAUAGGUGCCCGCUCCGAACAGGCAUUACUUGAGAAAGAGAUCAAGGACGCUGCUGCGGGAGCAAAGAAGAGCCCUCCAAAAGUACUGCAAAUAAAGCUCGACGUAACGGAUCAAAAGAGUAUCGAGCGCGCAGCAGCGAAUAUUGAGAAUCAGUUCGGGCGCCUCGAUGUUCUCGUUCACAAUGCUGGCAUAGUUGGCACUCCAAGCCCAAUCGUCGAUAGCGAUCCAGAAGAUUGGUGGAAGACCUGGGACGUGAACGUGCGAGGGCCCUACCUGGUGACCCGCGCUUUUCUACCCUUGAUGCUCAAAGGGGGUGACAAGCAGAUCGUUAAUGUCAGCAGCGUUGGAGCUUUUCUCACUGGACAAGGAUUGAGUUCCUACCAAGCAUCAAAACUCGCCCUCAUUCGUUUUACAGAAUUCAUCGUUUCCGAAUAUGGUGAGAAUGGUGUUCUGGCAUUUUGUAUUCAUCCUGGAAAUAUACCAGGCACGGACAUCUUGGGUCCUGGUGGCGUACCAGAUUCCCUAAAGCAUAUUUUCACCGAGACCACCGAGCUUCCUGCCGAUACUAUCGUCUACUUGACACAAGAGAAGCGCGACUGGCUAGCUGGGAGGUACAUCAACUGCACUUGGGAUAUGCCUGAACUUAUGGCAAAGAAGGAUGAGAUUAUCAAAGAGGACAAGUUGAAGAUCAGAUUGGUAGUAUGA